AUGGCCCUGUGGCCGUUUCGCACCAGGGGCCACGACAAACGCUCUAGCGGCUCUGGCGCGGCCCUCUCCGCUGCCGGCGACGCUGGAGCGAGCAAUGCCGCCAGGUCGGCUGCCUCCAGGCCCAGCCGCGAUGCUGCGCCGAGAUACAGCUUCUCGCCCGAUCGCCCAGAUGCCAUCCACGUCGCCCGGGCCAAUCGGGCGAACCCCAACGAUCCUGUGACUGCGCCAAUCCACUCCUUGGAGACCCGAGUCCCAACUCUACACCACAAACGAAGCGGCAACCAGCCCUCGCGGCGGAAGAGCAGCAAACGAAAGAGGCAGGAUCCCACCAGAGAGGCCGAGAUCAGGGCCAUGACCGUGUACACGCCGGCACGAGCAACCACCGACACAUUGGCCACGGCUCGCAGCGUCAAGCACGACAACAAGCGAGCAAAGACUCUGGCGACUUUGGGCGCCAGAGCCCCAUGGGACAGUCCUACCUCUGACGCAUCGCCACCGAUGCCCAUCUCAAUCACCUCCCGCCUCUCGUCCGAUUCCAAUUACUCGUCAUAUCGAGUAACCGCCCUCGAUGCUCUAGCACCGAGACCGACCCUGAAGUAUCAGGGCAGCGCACGAUUGCUUCCGUCGCACGCCUCUGUACCGACACGGUCCGAGUCUCAAAAGAAGAGGCUCGAUGCCUUUCCCGAGGAGACGAUCAAAGCGCACAAACGCAUCGAUGACCUGGCUGAUGAUUUCGACGCUGGCGAGCUGCGUGAGCUCAUGGAAAGAGACAAAAGACGGCGCGAGAGGAGCCGGCAAAGCGAGCGAGACAAGGCCGAGAGGAGGCUAGCACGCAAGGCUGAGAAGCAAAAGAGGGAGGAAGAAAAUGCCAGGCAAACUGGGACACCGCCGCCAGAAAAUCUCGAUCGUGGUGUCAUGGGACGAGAGGUCGGCCUAGGCAUAGAUCCCCCGUCUACUGUAGUGACAUCCUCCAAGCAGCGCACUUCUCCAGAACCAAUGUCUGACGUAGAGGAAUAUUCACAGACACCCGACAAGGGCAAAACAAGGGAAUCUCCCGAACCUUUGCAGACGUUUCACAGAAUCGAUACAGCACCGCGCGAAACAGAGUUGUCCUCAGCUGCUGGGAACCAAAUCCAGGUUUCUCAGAAACCACAGGAGCGUCUUCCAGCCAUUCCGCCUGCUAUUAAGCGUGAAGGCAUUUUUGUACCGAAGAUAUCUACAUCCGGGUCGACUUUUGAUUCGGACAAGGAAAAGACAUCUUCUGCCAUGGAUGAUAGCUCAACGCGCAAGGAUUCUGAGUCCAGCAACAAGUCUAACCGCAUCUCCUUCUCCAUCUUCAGAUGGGGAAAGAGUCGCCGCAGCCCUAGCGGUCCCUCGUCAUUCGCAAACACUUCGCGCGAAGAAAUGGGGGCAGCACAGGCGCAAGCUAGAAGCACCGCCGACUCCCCCGUUCCGUCAUUUACUGGCAACUACCUAUCUAAGCCGGCCUCAGGCCCACCGAAACGGAUGCGAUCUCGCUUCCGAGAAGAUCUUCCAGAGCUCCCAAUAUCACCACCCCAGUCCCGCGUUCAGUCGCCUGAAGCAGAGGCCUCACUGCCCAGUGUGGCAGAGUACAGGUCUCCCAGCGCUGAACCCAACACCAAUCCUCCCACUUUGCGAGACGAUACACCAACUUCAGGCCAUCGUUCCAUUUCAAUAGACAUUCCUCAAGCGCAUGUGUCGCGAGACAAAAUGUACGGUAGCCACUCGGCCGAACCGCAACUAUCAAUGUCUUUGGCAUCUGUCGACUCAGAAGGCUCUUGGCUCUCAGGCAGAGUCGGCAGCCAGCGGAGCAAGCGGAUGUCAUCUGUACGCGAUAGCAGGACCCGGUCUCGACAGCAAGAUUCCGAGCGUAGAGCCGAUUCUCCCUCCAAUAGCGCCCACGACGACCUUGAAAUUACCGAAGACGACUACAUGUCACGCCUCAGCCCUGACCCCACCACUCUGCAUUUCAACACUCGGCUUUCGGGCGAGGGCCGUCCAAGCAGUGAUGAGGACGAGCUGAUGCGCGAAGGAGAAGUCAGGUGGGGUGCUGUUGGCGCCCAAGCGCAGUUUGUCCAGCGUAACCAGAAUCGCGAUACUGUCCGCAGUCGCGAAGGUCUGCUCAAUAUCGACUCAGGAGACGAGGAAGACCAGGAGCCUAUCUCUCCCAUUUCCCAGAUAACCCCGAGCAUCGAGAAGGCUGAUUUGCAGCGGGCCUCGAGCGUGCGCGUGAACCGUCCGUCAAACGUGAAGUUGCUGAAGAUACAGCCGCGGGCAUCCACCGAUGACAAGAGAAAGAGCCAAGAGAACCCAAACGGCGCAUAA